AUGAGUCAGGAAGAGGUGCCUGGAGAGAUUGCCGGAGACAUUGCCAUAGAAAAGGCCGAAAAUACCGUACAAGAUGACGUUGAAGCGAAGAACACUUCUGAAACGAAGAAAACGAUUCCACCUAUGCUGAACGUUGAAAAGGUCGAUGUGGCGGCAAAAUCCCCAGCUCCUGUGUCCGUUUACGAUCUCUUCAAGAAGUAUCAGAAGCCUGACGUGAAGUCCGACAGUGAAGACAUGAAUGUUGGCUUCGACCAACUGACAACAGACGAGAAGAACGGAUUUCUUCGGAAACUCCAAAUGUUGACCGUCGGAAACAAGAAGACACUCAAAGUCCCUGGCGAAUCAACACCAUCACCUGCUAGCCGCCUGCUGAAGAAAUUCGUCCCAUCGCGACGUCCAUCAACUGAAAACAAAUCAUGCGAAUCUCCAAGUCGCUUCAGCUUGUUCGGAAAAUCCAAUAAGAAGGCUCCUGAAUUGGAAAGACCAAUGAAUGGAGGACAGCCAAGGAAGAAGUCAGCUCGACGGCUCAACUUCGGAAAAGAAAUCGAAGAAAGAACUGAGACAGAUUUUCAAAAUAACCGUGUUGUAGCUGCGAUGACUCGAGAAUAUGAGAAAAUUGUGACGUUGAAGGGUGUCCCUGUUCCAAUAAACAAGCCGCCACGUCAACAAGGCCCUCGUGGAUCACUCGAGACUCCAACUGACUCGCCAGCGAAGACCGAAACUUCAUCGAUCUCUAAAUCGUAUGGUUCUGACUAUCAGUCAAGUCGCGAUCGCUACACUUCGAUCAACGAAGAUUCAUUGACCAAGAAAAGAAUUUCAACUCCAAAUCGUGGCCAAGGACUUUCAAACCGCGACAAUGCGACGUGGCACGGGGAACUUCCACCGAGAGACUACACAAGUCCAACUUUUUCGAGAAAGAUUUUUGUUGGUGGUGUUCCAUGGGAUAUCACCGAAGCUGCACUUAAGGAUUCGUUUGGAGAAUUCGGAUCGUGUGCAGUUGAAUGGCCGGGACAUGAGGCACGUUAUCGUAACGCGCAAUCGAACACUGCUUCUCUGAAUUUGAGAAAUCAAUCCAAGUAUACCGGACAAGCUGCAACUGGGUACGUCUACAUGAUAUUCGAAGAUGAACGUGCUGUCGCAUCACUGCUUCACGAGUGUUCACAAGAGAUAGGAGGUGCUGGUGAAUGGUAUUUCAAGAUAAGGGCUCAACGCUCGAAGUCGACUGAAAUUCGCCAGGUACAAAUAAUUCCAUGGGUAACAUCGGACUCUAUGUUCUGCGAGGAUGAAUCUCUUCUCGAGGUUGGAAUCGAGCCAAAACGAACCGUGUUUGUCGGUGCUCUACAUGGGAUGAUGACUGCCCAAGUUCUUCAUUCAAUCAUGGAAGACUGCUUCGGAAGUGUCGAAUGUGUUCAGUUGGACACAGAUAAGUUCAAGUAUCCAAUAGGAAGUGGACGUGUUACUUUCCGUGAACAUGGCGCUUAUUUCAAAGCUAUAGAAAUGGGAUAUCUGCAUGUACAUACCAGCAAGUUCCGCAAACGUGUCCAGAUAGAUCCGUUCCUUGAGAGUACCAACUGUAUGGUGUGCACUACUGAGUUGGCUCACUGUUUCUGUCGCAACCGCAAUUGUUUCAAGUAUUACUGUCACACUUGUUGGGCUGUCGACCAUGGCCAUGGCCAUGACGGCGAAGUUCACGUUCCAGUCAUUGUACCAUCAUCGGCUUCGAAAGCUUUCUCAGGACCAAAUCGUCGAUCGCACUUGUCAAGCAACUCGCCUUCAAAACCGGCAUCUCUCAUGAGCUCAUCAAAUUCUCAAGUGGCGCACAUGGUUUCUCCAGCUUAUCCAGUAUUGGUUGGAGCUCCAGCUCAAAAUUUAUCCGCACUCUAUGGCUACAUCCAAAAUAGCCAACAGAUGAUGAUUACUCCUGCUGCUGUUUACGAGCCACCGAUGACUCCAUCUCCGAAUGAGAUGAAGAGAAGAAGCUUCCCCGAGUUUCAGCCACAGCCGACUGUGUUCUUCAAUUCGACUCCAAUGAUGACGCCACAGAAGGGUGUACCUUGCUCCGACGGUAGUGCUGUUCCUGCCUACUACGCCAACUCAGCAGCCUUUCUGACUCCACCAUCCUCAUAUUACAAUUCUCCAAGUCACUCGACUUCCAGCAACCUCUCUCCACAGCAACCGCAACAAUAUUACGGCGCUAACCUCUACUAUGGCUAUAUGCCUCAAAUGUCAUAUGAUGGAGGACCAAAUCAAUCUGCUAUGCAUCUUCCCCACACCCCUAACUACCAACAAUAA